AUGGGCCGCCUUCGAAACUUGUCCGAGAGCUUGAAAGCCGCAGCGUUCCACCAUUCCAAUGCUUCUAUCCCGUCGCUCUCCAAGACGUCUUCUAACGGUCAGACCCAAGCAGUCGACAAAGACUCACCAACUCAAUUCCAGGACCAAUCCGCCGCAGCCCCCGCUGACAAUCCUCGAUCAAAUCCUUGGACAGACCGGAUUGCUUCCCGGCCGACAUCCAUGGUAUACGCCCCUCCGUCGAUAGAGCCGGGAAAGGACAAUCACAUUGAGGAGUUGUUACCGGUGUUCAGUUUCCUGUCGAGUCACAGCAACAAGCUUUAUCAAGAAGGGUAUUUUCUAAAACUCAACGAUCUUGACAACCAGGGAAGACCAAAUGUCGACCGCAACUGGACGGAAUGUUUUGCUCAGCUAGUAGGCACUGUGCUAUCACUUUGGGAUGCAGCUGCUCUGGAUGCAGCCGGUCAAGAUGGGGAGGUCGCUCCAACUUUCAUCAACCUGGCGGAUGCCUCCAUCAAGAUGAUCGAAACCCUUCCAACGCGAAAUCCCGACGUCCAGCCUCUUCAAAAUGUGCUUUCAAUAUCCACCGCCGGCAAGAAUCGAUAUCUGCUUCACUUCAACUCGCUUCAUUCCCUCACACAAUGGACGGCCGGAAUACGGCUGGCGAUGUUUGAGCAUGCAUCUCUGCAAGAGUUAUACACAGGUUCCUUGAUCGCUGGCAAGGGAAAGUUCUUGAACAACAUUCGGACAAUUAUGGAAAGAACAAAAUUUAGAACGGAAGAUUGGGCACGAGUUCGAUUUGGUGCGGGAACUCCUUGGAGGCGGUGCUGGUGUGUCAUCGAACCACCCGAUGAGAAAGAAUGGCAGAGAUCCAACAAGACCAUAAAAAAGAAGUCAGUGUACGAACGACCAGCCUUGCCGAAAGGGGACCUCAAGUUCUAUGAUACCAAGAAAACGAAAAAGGCAACGCCCAUAGCGACCAUCACCGACGCAUAUUCCGCAUACGCUAUUUACCCUCAAUCAAAACCCCUGAUCGACCAAUCGACUCUCGUGAAGGUUGAAGGCCGCAUCACAAUUCAUUCGAAACCAGAGUCGAAAACGGAAGGUUUUGUAUUCGUCAUGCCUGAGCUACACCCUGCUGUGUCUGGAUUCGAAAUGAUGCUUCGCUGGCUCUUCCCGGUCUACGACAUUUUCCACCUCUAUGGUCGCCCACAACGACUGAUUGCCGACACGUGGGACACACGAGGACUCAUGUUCGCUAUGCCCAAGGAGCGACGAUAUGGCUACUUGGACAUCAUCGAUGUGGCAGCGCUAAUCCAUACGCAAGGCAGUGACAAGUGGACUGAGCGAGAAUGGCGGAAGCAAAUGAAAAACAUGACCUCAAAGAGGAUGGCAAUGACAGCACAAAGUCAGUCGAGCAGCAACUUGGAAAGCAGAAGACCCGGCCGGACCCAUUCGGAAUCAAGGCAUGGUGUACACUAUGAUGAUGGGGCUUCGAUUCGAUCAACGCCUUCUUCUCGACAUCAACAUGACCAGUCGGCGGACACUGUAUUUGGCACGCCAAACAAAGCGUCCACGGCGCCAGCAAAUGUCGGGCUACUUGUUCCUGGGCAAAAUCACCACACACGGUCUGUAUCAGAGUCAGUGGCAUAUGUUUCAUCCAGCCCGACUCGUCUCCCAAAGGAGAACUAUCAUCCUUCCAGAUUGUCAGCUGAAUACACUGAUUCGGAGCCUGUCCAACCUCUUCCACCUCCAGGUCACAGCAACCCGUACAAGAGCGCGAGUCUUGCCAGCGAACUGGAAUCGUCGGAUAUUCGCUAUAGCUCCGAGAGCGACGGACAAAUACCGCACACUAAUCCAGAAGAUAUCCAGGAUGAGGUGAGGGAGUCGACCCCACCGGCACCAGUACUGGCUCCUCCCGAUUUUCAGCACCAGGCUGGUGAUGCACCACAGAAGAGACCAGAUGCACGGCCAGAUCUACGACGAGAAAAAAGUCGCAUGUCAAAUGCGACUUUGUCUCAGAUGGUGGAGGUGAAUAAACUUGCGAGCAGUGGGGCGGCGGGCCAAGCGGCGAUGGUGGCGUGGAAGAACGGGCGCCAAGGGGAACAAGAUCAGGGGCUCCGAGGGGUAAAUGAGCUCUCUAACGGCGAAGAAAUGUCUGCUAAUCAACUUGCUUCUCAAGCAACGGUAGCAGACGCUGCGUAUACACAAAGCCCGGCUGAUGUCAGACCAGUGCACGCCCGAGACCCCACCGAACAUUGGACAACACGGAAGGCGAUUCCUCGAAAGCCGGUCCCAGCUCCCAGCUCGUCCCUUCUUCUAGCACCACCUCAACGGGCUCAGUCGCCCGAGAGCAUGUCUCGAUAUUCGGCUUCCAACUACGACAAUGAAUCGACUGCCUCGCCCGAUUAUGACAGCCUUUCGGAGGAUACCAAUCUGCAAUCCGUCCGCCGAAAGACGAGAACUGGGGUGCUCAAGACCGUGGGAGAUUCCACAUUGGGCCGUGACCGUAACGCUGAACAACAGUCCGGCGAAGCGGAUAUUCCUGCCGUUGACUUUGGCACGACUUUUACUCCAACGUUGACGCCGGGCCACAGUCGUCCUCCUACUGCUGGUAGACUUGCAGGGCGCCAGUCGCCAUUCGACCAUCCUUACACAGCGCCUGCCACUCCUUUGCCUCGAUCUUCCCAUGACGACAGAGUGUCACCUGGAGGCCAGACUCCGAAUGAGAAGAAGAGAUCCUCGUAUGUGGAACGGGGAAGCCCACGGCUAAAUCAUUCCCGAUCUUCUAGUUAUGCCUGGCAACCUGGAGCAACGAUAGGACGACAAAGCCCCGGUGGGGGGUUGACAGCGGAAGAAUUCGUUCAGCAGCGAGCUGUGGCUGCUCGAGUGCCCAGUGGAUAUGCUCCUCGCCGAAGUAUCUCGUACAGCAAAAUUGAGCAGUCUCCGAACAAGUUGCAGAUGAAGAGAGACUCAUUUGGACGACCAAGCUCGAGGAAUUCUCUCCUGAUCGAUUAUUCGUCUCAUUUGUCAGCACGGGAGCAAGAACAUGUAGCAAGAAUGACUGGGGGUCCAUUGAUUCAAGUGGGUGAGAGAAGCAAGACGCCAGAUCCGUCGAUCGGACUUAUUGGGGCGAUUGAAGCCCGAGAGCAGGAGAAACGAAAUAUCAAAGAAGGCGUGGCCGGCCAUAUGGUACAAGAAGCUAUUGCACAGAGACAGGCGGCAGAGCACACCUACGGAUAUCAGCAUUACCCUGGAUCCAGUUCCAUGAUCGAUGGCCGACGGAUCAGUCCUCGCUCAUCUGUUUACUGGGCUGGUAUGUCCCCUUCACCACUCGCGCAGCCGCAGCCGCCAUGGACGAAUCAGCAGGCAUACCAAUAUCAACAACAGGUACAAGCUCAACAAAUGCAGCAGCUUCAGCAACAGCCAAAUCCGAUGUACGAUCCUCGAUACAGCGGAUACUACGCGCCACAAGGAGAUUACCAUGCAGAGUAA